AUGAUCGCCUACAACAAUCAUGUACGAAAUGCCGAGCCCGAAAAAUCAAGGAAUUGUGAUCGCAAAAAUCCCUGUACUGCAUGCUUACUCCGCGGCUCCGAGGAUGAAUGUGAGUAUGCCAGGACAGAUGAGGAUCGGUAUCAUAUCAGUCAAGCGAAGGAGAUUGAGAAUUUGAGGAAAGAGUUGAAUAGACUUAAGAGGAAGUUGGAAGAUGGGGAGCAGAAGUCACAGUCACAGUCGCAGGCAAAGUCACAGUCAUAUGGGUCUACUGCCGAAGAUUAUGGGUAUGGUGGUGUUUUGGUGGUAGAUGAAAGGCCAAACAAGAGAAGAUUUGGCGAGGAGGGGAAUGUUACUAAUUUAUGGAAUUUGGGGGCUCCAUAUGCAACUUCGGCGUCAGCUGCAACAGGAAUGGCUUAUAGCACUCAACCUGAGAUGGCCCAACACAAUGCUUACAUUCCCAUGGAGCAUCAUCCUCAACAUCAACAAUACUAUCAACAGAACACUGCCGCAAUAGACACUGUUGUGAGUACUAAUCCUCUGCAAUACGGCAUGCACCAACUCCAACAACACCGCCAACCCGACUUUUGGCGCGGAAAACAAGAACAACUCGAAACAAUCUACAAAAUUGUGUGCGACUGUGACGAAUACUGGGUUCCUUCAAUUAUUGAUAUUGUGCGGAAUAGUUUGUCGCCUGAAGAUGCGAUUGUCUCUAUUCGGUCAUUGUUGAGGAGUGGGAGUAGCAGAUAUAGCUAUAGUAACAGCAACAGCAACAAUAGCAAUGAUGGGGGAACGGUCAUGGCAGCGAGCACGAUUACGACCACGUCAGAUUCGCAAUCUCCGGACUCGGCGUCGUCAAUGAUUCCGGUGAAUAUGGAUUCCGUGUCGUAUGUACAUGUUGAUUGUGUCCUGGGAGUUGAUGGGAAUCUGCCUCCUACAGAUCAAUAUCGUUCGUCGGGGGAGGGAUAG